AUGGCUUCGGUAAGAACGUAUGGGUGUUGUCUUCCGCAAGUUGACCAACCAAUUUCUACGGGGUUGAAAAGACAGACAUCCGUUCAAGUGAAGAAUUUUGUGUCUGAUGAACUUGAUUUUCAACCGUUAAUCAGCACUUUUGUGUCAAUGAGAGGAAAGACGUUCCAAGCAAACACGAAAAUAAAGAACUCUGAGAGUGUUACAUCGUCACAAUUUAUUAUCGACAUGUUGUCUUCGGAUCUCGGAAAGUACGCUGUGUUGUGUGCAAUUGAGUUUUCGAUGACGUUGUGUAUACCCAUAGGAAACUACUCCUUACCCACACCCGAGUUCUUUGUGACACAUUUAAUUCGGAGACACCCCCAUAGUAAGGGAUUCAUUUCUCUCAACGGAAUUCAAGGAGUCAUCGAGACAGACUUUAUUUAUUAUAAAAACUGCGAGAAAGAGCCUUGGAAGUGUAAAUAUGAAGAAAUGAUGUAUUACUUUGACUCAAAACCAAAUAACACAGAAAAGUAUAAUAACCAAGCAAAUAUCACUGGAUAUGAUGUACUGUGUACACCAAUUGGAAUCAUUCCAAUACUGUAUAUCAAAGAACCACUGAAAUGGGAAGGAUGUUCGUGGGGGUUUCUGUGUGACAAUAUCCAGAAUUGGCGGUCGAAAAGUGUUGAGAAGAAAGACAAAGUUGCCGAAGAGGUGAAUUGUAUCUUCGAUAAGAACACAACAGACUCAUUUCAACAAAGGGAGUCGAGUAGUACUUCUGACAUCAAAAUUUCGAGUUUGAGCAAAGAAAGUCCAAACGAACAAGAAAGGAACACGCCAGAGAUUAAAAGUGUAAGGGACAAUUCACAUAGUUGUGAGUUACUUGAUGACGAAGAUGAAAAAGACUUUCACGGAUAUAGUGAAGAGUCUGAAAAUUUUACUGAUAAAAGUGUGACUCCAGACUUCUAUAUGAGCGAAGGGAACGACCCGGACCAAAAGAGGAUUUUAAAAGAGAAACUUGAUAAUAAAAUGGUCCAGACGAAACGGAGUCAGACAACCACAUUACAACCAAAAACGCCAUCACCACGAAGAAGUGAAGAACAAAGUGUUAUUGGGUUGAUAAGACCAAUUGCAAUAAAACGCAAACUUGAGAAACGGCGGGAUGUCAUGCCAGAGAAUUUGGAGAAUGAGUUUGACGUUUUCAAAUUGUUUAUAGAUUUCAGAUGCAACUCCCAUUUUCCUCAAUUCAUUUCGGCAAGCAUUAAAAAGUUUCCAGGAAUGGUUGUGGGCAAAGAUUUAAAAGAACGGGCUGAGACGAUGUAUGAAUUGAUGCAGACUAUUAUUGAUAUGACUGGCAAGUCGCCGGUGUUUUUAUGCUCGAAAUACAAGAAGAUGUUUGUGAGAUACUUGUGGGAGAUAUUCACUACAGAACUCUUCGAGUACAUUUGGCCACCUUUGAUCGAACGAAAUGAACAGAAUAUCGUGUUUGUAUGUAACCAACAAGAUGUCAUUCUAUCCAACAUCAUUUCAAUACACCAAUUCAUCGCACCUCACCACUUCGAUUUGGCAUUCUUUGAAACGGAAAAGGGCAAAGAGUCCGUUGAUUUGAUUGGCAGCCACUUACGACAAAUUAAUAUGGUGAAGUCCCCACGAAAUAAAGCAUUUCAGGUAUACAACACGUUUCUCCUUACUAUCGACAUCAUUUCUAAAUUGCAACCAACAACAGUCUCCGCAGACUUGCUUCUUCCCACUAUCAUCUUUGCAAUUAUACAUUCGGCUCCUUUGCAUUUAGUGUCGACUAUCGAGUACUUAAAAGCCUUUAUUCCACGGUGGGCAAAUAUAUCUUCCGAAGUGACUUAUUAUAUCACAAACUUGCACAGCGCCGUUUUGUUUCUGUUGGAUUUGAAACAAGUGAAUUUGACAUUGUCACCAACAGAUUAUUCGCUCUUCUUGUACUACGCCAAACGAAGGAUUAACCCCUUCAUAAAACCUAAAAGUAUAUUCCUGAAAGACAACAUCACUUGGAACCUCGAAGGGGAAAAACACGAAAGUGAAGUGCUCACAAUACUCUUUAAAUCGGAGGUGAGUGAGCUUGACGACGAAGACCUUCCUGUUCUUCUUUCUUGUUUAAAACAGCUCAACUCAGAAAACAAUAACUUAUAG